AUGACAGUAUUCUUAGGUGUUUACAGGGCUAUCUAUGCCUACGAACCGCAAACAGAUGAAGAGUUAGCAAUUGAAGAGGACGAUUUACUCUACCUUCUUGAAAAAUCUGAUGUUGACGAUUGGUGGACGGUCAAAAAGAGGGUCGUUGGUGCCGAUAUCGAUGAACCAGUUGGUUUGGUUCCCAAUAACUAUAUUGAGGAAGCUGACAUUAUUUAUCAAGUGCGGGCUUUGUACGAUUAUGAGGAGGCUCAGAAUCCAGACGAAGAGCUAUCUUUUAUAGAGGGCGAUUUAUUUGAUAUAUAUGAUGACCGUGACGCCGAUUGGCUUCUUUGUCGCUCCGUUAAGGAUGGAGGUUACGGAUUCAUCCCAGGGAACUAUGUAGAGAAAGUGGAAGAUGGCGGUGAUGAUAAUGAGGCAGAACGGAUAGCGAAAGUUCGUGGACAACCAGAACAUAUGAGAGCGGCAGAAGAGAGUAUUCAAACGCAGCCUUCUAUACAGAUGGUACCGAUAUCUGAACUUCCUCCUCCACCUCAGAGGAAGGCUGAAUCUUCCUCUCCACCUGUAUCUCGAUCAUCUCCAAAUAUUCCUUCUCCUGAAAUCAGUAAGAGUCCUAGUAACCGAGAUGUUCCAAUAGACGGUCGCCCUCUUCCAGAUUUGCCUAGCCGUCCCUUGGAACCACCACAGUUGCAACCAUCACUAUCCUCACAGCAGAUGCAUCCAAUGCAAUCUGUCCAUCUGCCGCAAUCGGUUUCAAUAGUAUUAUCUGACGAAGAAACGCCUCCUCCAAAACCUCCCCGUAAUGCCCAACCAAGUGCCGGAUAUAAAGAUAGCGUUCCUAUCCGCACUACCAGCGUUCAGUUUUCUGCAACCUGGAGCUUAAAAGAGGUCAGAGGUCGUAAGAAAAAGGACUCUACUCUAACAGUCACAUCCGAGGAAAUCAUAUUUGAACCUGGAGACGGUCCCAUACAGAGUUGGACAUAUGAGAAUUUAACUAGUUAUGACAAUGAGAAGAAGCAUCUAUUUUUGGAGUUUAAGAAUCCUUAUGCCAACCUAGAACUUUAUGCAAAGUCUAGCGACCUAGCCAGCACUAUCGUUUCUCAUAUUAACGAUUGGAAGUCCGCCUCUAAUGGUUCUGCCUUGCGUGAGCUUGAAAUUGCGAAGAAUUCUGUUUUAAAGAAGCUGGGGAUUGUGAGUUUUGACUUUACAGGAGAGUCUCCAGAUGAAUUGACUGUUAAAGAAGGUGAUGAAAUCUACAUUAUAAACGACAAGAAAUCUCCUGAUUGGUGGAUGUGUGAAAUUAUUCGCACAGGUAGAAGAGGUGUGAUUCCUGCUCAAUUUAUUCAGGUAGUCCCUCAUAAGGGCUCUUCUUCCCCAAGUAUGCAGUCAAGAGCAGGUAGUGGACAGGGCAAUCGGAAUAGGUCUGUGUCUUAUACCUCUGAUCCUGGAAGCUGGAAACAUGACUCAAAUCAAGAUGGCUCUAAGAGAAGUUCUGUCUCAUCAAAGAAGAAGGAUGAUAAGAAAAAGAAGAAAACUUAUCCAAAAAAUACUCGUAUUUGGGUAGACAGAACAAAUAGUUUCAAAGUGGAAGCUGAACUCCUUGGUUAUUUUGAUGGUAAGAUACAUUUACAUAAAGCAAAUGGUGUCAAGAUUGCUGUUGCAGCAGAGAAAUUGUCUAACGACGAUAUCGUAUUUGUCGAAAGAGUCACUGGAAAGAACUUAGACAAGUACAAGCAAAAGGACUCACAUAAGAAAUCUAGCAGCCGAUCCGAUACUGAUGCUGAAGAGCGAGAGCUUGAUAGGAGGUUACGCGAACGCGAACGGUUAGGAAUGAAGAAGGAUGAGCCUAAAUUGACGCAAACUGUUAUAUCUAAUGAUAACUCAUCGCGCAAUAAGGAUUAUGAUUGGUUUGAGCUUUUCCUUAACAGUGGUGUGGACAUCAAUAGCUGCCAAAGGUAUGCGACGAUUUUUGAAAGAGAGAAUAUGUCUGAGGAAAUUUUACCAAGUUUACGUUCUGCAACUUUGAGAGAUCUAGAAUUGCGCGAGGGUGAUAUUAUACGUGUCAUGAAUUACCUAGAUAAGAAAUUCGGCAGGGAAGUUAAAGAUGCGGGUGCUGCUGCCGCUCGCCAAAAUUCGGCGCCAGGGCAACCAACAUCUCAAGCUCCACAAGAGGAUGACGUAUGGACUGCUAGACCCGCUGCAAAUGCAGAAAUUGCUAAUUCACAGUCCAAGAAGGCCUUUUCGGGUUCGCUGCAAGACUUACUAGAUUUAAAACCAUUAGAACCGAAGAAAAAGGAGCAAAUUCCAAAACCAAAGUUGGGUGACUUAGAACCAGUGAGAACGGGAGGUUCCAUAAAAUCUUCUAAACAAUAUUCUUCACAGCCACUUCAACCCUUAGAUCCAUUUAAAACGGGCGGCAAUAACCUUCUUCCAAUAGCAACUGGUGGUUUGGUACUUAUGCCAGUCUUGACAGGUGGCGUAAUGCCUCUGCAAACAACUGGUGGAGUGCUUCCUAUAAGCAGGACUGGCGGUGCUAUUAUGCCGCAGACUACAUUUGGUGCACAAUUAACUGGAGGAGUCUUACCUGUUCAGAAGACAGCCAAUGGGUUGAUUCCAGCGCCAAUGGGUAUGCAUCCGCAAACAACCUUUGGUACCCCUGCUGUUACUCACUCAUUUACUGGUGGUUUAAUGCCACUACAGAGGACCGGAGGAGCUUUACCAGCUCAACAGGUUGUCCCUCAAACUACAUUCGGUGCACCACAAGUAUCUAAUAUGUUGACUGGGGGUGCGAUGCCACUACAGAAGACUGGUGGCAUGCUUUCUGUUCAGUCCAUGCCUACACAAUCGUUUAGCUCCGGUCCAAUAUCGAAUUCAUUUGGCGGAGCGUUACCUCUGCAGAUGACUGGUGGAGCGAUGCCAAUGCAAGCUGCACCUCCUCAAACAACCUUUCUCUCAACUGGAAAUGUAAUGAUGCCAAUGCAAAGGACAGGAGGCGCUUUGCCAAUGCAGUUACCAUUAUCGCAAGGUACAGCCAGUGGUUUACCACUCACACAAUACUUGACGGGGGGUAUGAUGCCAUUACAAAGAACAGGUGGAAUGUUGCAAAUGCAAUCAUUGCCUCCGCAGACGACGUUUGGCAACUUGCCAUUGUCACAAACAAGGACUACUGGGCAAAUGGGGUUCCAGAAUGCCAAUACAACCAAUCCUGCCAUGGUUAAUAACAUGAGCUUUGGAGGCUUUCAACAAAACCCUCAAACAAAUUUGGGGAUGCAAGGUACAGGUGCCAUGGCACAGCUUCCACAAACCACUUUUGGCUCCGACUUUAACCAGGUUACAAACAACAUGCAAAAUAUGCAAAUUGGCCAAACACCUUUGCAAAAUCAGCCUACUGGCUUUGGUUUUGGCAAUGGCCCUCAGACUCAACCUAUACAAGGACAGGCCAACUUAUAUAAUGCAUCUGCGUCGAAUCCUUUUGGUUUUUAA